ACCAAUGAGGGCGCGGCUUCCGCCCGGCAGCGUGAGGUGACGUCGGGAUAAAACCUUAACCGAGGCGGGCCGAAAAGUUUCGAGAAUAGCAAGAGAACCACAGGGAGGGGGCGACAAGAGCGAAACCAGCAGGAACAGCAGGAGAGAGCAUGACCGACGCCGAGGCGCAGAGCGCUCCACCAUCAGCCCCGGUGGAAGACAAACUUCAGCCGGAGAGGAAAGUCAUAGCCACGGCAGUGCAAGGCACAGUGAAAUGGUUUAACGUCCGCAACGGCUACGGCUUCAUUAACAGGAAUGACACUAAGGAAGACGUCUUUGUUCAUCAGACUGCCAUCAAGAAGAACAAUCCUAGAAAGUUUCUCCGUAGCGUUGGAGACGGGGAAGUUGUAGAGUUUGACGUAAUUGAAGCAGCCAAGGGCUCUGAAGCAGCAAACGUUACAGGUCCAGGCGGCAUUCCAGUAAAAGGAAGCCGCUACGCUCCGAACAAACGCCGUUUCCGUCGGCGGUUCUUCCCCCACAGCCCCCGUCCUGUAGACCAGAGCAAACCAGCCGAUGACCAAGCUCCUCCGCCUGAGGGAGAGCAAACGGAGGAGAUGGGGGCAACAAGGCCUCCACCUCGGAGACGUAGGCCCCGCAGACCACAACAGGAUGCCCAAAAUGGGGAAGUUGGAGAGGAAAAAGAUGGUGCUGCAGAAGGUGACCAGGCGCAGCAGCAGAGACCACAAAGGCGCAGGUUCUGGCGUCCGUACCGCGGACCUUUUCGCCCUCACCCACCUCCGGAUCAGUCUAUCACUGACCAGAAACCUCCUAUUCCAGAAGAAAGCAAGGAGCAGCAGGUAGAAGUAAAACAGCUGGAGUCCCCUGAGGCUGGCCAGACCAAUGGAGAGGCUACAGCAGAGGGCCAAGGCCAGAAACCACGGCGGCAGUCUAGACGGCGCAGGCAAAGGAACUCUGAAUCCUCUACUUCAAAAAAUGAUGGAGAGAAGUCUGCCUCAGAACCUGGGACCCCACCUCAGAGUGCAAAGCUAACAGAAGAAAAAUCUACACCCAAAUCACCGAAGGCGUCUCCAAAAACCUCUCCGAAAACCUCUCCUACACCACCAAAAUCGCCUGAGGAGGAAGUUGUCCAAGCACCAACACAGUGAUGGCCCUCUGGCUUGUCACAUGUCCUCAACCCCCAGGGGGAAGGUGGGACCUGACACCAAAAAAAGUUGAGACACUCUGGAUUUGGACAAUUUGAGAUUGCAGCUCUUGUGCGUCUUAGGACAAGUGUGGGUGGUCUUUAAAGUGGGCCUUGUGACGGACUGGUUUAAAGUGGAACGCUGGCAUUAAAGGGAUAGGAUAUUUUAUGGAGUCUUAAAGGAUGUUUUUUAAGUUUGGACUUUAGUUAAAACACAGAAAGCAUUAUUUUUUUCUUAAAUUGAAAACCAGGAUUAAAGAACAGCCUAAUCCUUGUUUCUGGAUUAGAGGCAUAUGAAGUUUGGUUCUUCACUAUUUAAAUCCCUGUGCCUUCUAUGCUUUUUUUUUCGUUAGGUCCUGGGGUUUGAGAGCUGGACCUCUUUCACAACAUAUGCACUGCUCUCCCCUCCCUUCACUCCCACGAUUUCUCUCCUUGCUGUCACCUCCUCUCUCCCAACUUGUUUAUACAUUGAGCGGUUGGCGAGGAGUCGGCGGCUUAGAAAAUGUGAUAUCAAUGGGUGUGUGUAAUUAAAAAGUUAGAAAUCUUUAUAAAGGAAAAAAAAAAAUGGGAAAGAACAAUCUGCUUGGUGGCUCAGUUAUUCUGACCUCUCUUAGAAGAGCAUUUUCUUUAAUUGACCAGAUGAGGGUAGAUGAGGUAUUCAGAGGAACCAGCCUUAUAUUUUUAUUUGGUUUUUUAAUUUGGUUUGAGGGGAAACCCAAGCAGGUGUGCAGCUGGUGGUUCGUAUUUGAAGACAGUUUAGUUCUGGAACCACCAGAAUUGGUUGAAGCAUUAUGCUCCCUUCAUCUCCUAGGCUUUGGAUGGAUUGAUGAAAAACUUUAUUUCUUCGGUUUUAUGUUUCCUUUUUUGCUGGAGGGGAUUAUGUGCAAUGUCAAUACUUGGAAUGCUUACUAAUAAAUCAUGUUUGCAAAACUCA